GUUUCCUUCUCUGUUCUUGGCCUCGUUGACACCCGUUUCGUCGCGAUCAGGCGAGGCGGGAUCUUUUGCUGGGACAGCUCGCACGCUUUUGGAAUCGUCCAUCAAUCCUACCCCGAGUGUCGCCUUGUCCACCACAUCUUCCGAAUUGUGCUUGCUGGGAGACACUUUGGAAAUGUCGAGAGGGACGGACAAGGAGGGUCAUCCGUGUCCUACGAAGCCUGGGGCGAAGUGACUACGAUGCGCGGUGCGCGGGGGGUCGUCGCUUUGUCAGUCGUCGCAGGAUACGUUUCGGAUGGCCUCAAUGGAACAUAUAAGUUUAGAUGCGUGGGAGUGAUGGUGGGCAAUGUUGGUGGUGAGGCUAUCGAGGUCGUUCGUUAGUGGGUUCUUAGGUGGUGUUUGGUGUACGAGGAUGAGUAUGUAGAGGUUGAGCGGGAGCUGGAGGUCUGUGGUGUUCUGACAACAAUUGGGGGCUUGUGUGGGAACUACGGUUCGCCAUAACAACACCUCCACCACUCCACUGCCACCUUCGAAUGAUUUCGACGAGUACGAGCACGAGCACGAGCACGAGCAGCAGCAACUUCACCACCUCGCGAGGUUUGACGGAUGGCCGGGGUCUUUUUGGAGGAGGAAAUCAGUGAAUGAUUUCGACUUGAAUUUUGUGCGCCCUCCCUGUCCUGGGAUUCCAUUUUCCCCACGCAGCUGUUGUGAUCGAGCCAGUGGCGGCAAACCAACCCAACCCACUUCAGUCGGCAGUGGAGGCGAAAUCAUUGUAUUGACCAGUCAUCUGGGAAGAGGUUGCAGUUCCAUCAAUGGGAUAGAGGCCAUCUGAAACCGCCUACUUCAAUCGCCCACGACUUGCCCAAGGCUACCGGGAACUUCCUGAAGAGUGAAUAACUGAGGGGGCAUACCUCAAGAGAGUGGAACAUCUCCAACCAAAGGCUGAUCCAAAAGCUGGACCACAAACUAGACAAAAGACACCUUGACCCUUCCCAAGAACACAACAUAUAACCCCCUUCGUCACGAUCAUCAUGUCGCCUUCAAUUAAUCUACCGGUUUGUCUUGAAGACGCAAGAAUCAAGGUUCUUCCUACAGCCGCCUUUUACAUUUCCGACUUUAUAUCUAAGGAGGAAGAGGAAGUGCUGUUGAGCAAGGUAUUAUCUUGCAAUACUACCCCGUCAGAUCAAUAGAACUAAUGCUCUGAAGAUACAGACUGCCCCGAAGCCAAAAUGGAAAGUCCUCUCACACAGACGCCUGCAAACUUGGCCUUCUGACCUCACGAAAAACAACAGCCUGCUUGAUAGCCCUCUUCCGGGUUGGCUUCGUGAUCCUGUUGCUUCCCGUCUCCUCGAAUGCCCCAUGAAUAUGUCAAAUAUGAAGCAGCACAUAUUUUCUGAUAGCCCCCAUGGUGGACCAAACCAUGUUCUUAUCAACGAAUGUAGGUGCAUUCUGAUUUGAGAAAGUCUAUCAUUUCUCUCCCUUACUCCUUUGAGCAUUUGUUUUUUGUUUAAUUCUUCGCAUUCUUCAUUUUGAGCUUUUCAUGAAUCUGCUACUGAAGAUUGCUAGAUCAACCAGGAGAAGGAAUCAUGCCUCAUAAGGAUGGAGCUGCGUAUCAUCCUGUGGUCUGUACCGUCAGUUUGGGUUCUAGUUUGACUCUUGAAAUAUAUGAAACCAAAGAUGACGGAACCAGAGAAACAACACCAAAAUUUCGUAUUCUCCAAGAGCCGCGAAGCUUGCUUAUCACCACAGGAGAACUCUACACGGAUUACCUUCACGGAAUCGCUGAGGUUCAUGAAGACGUGGACCUUGAUCAUAUCACAAUCGCAAAUUGGGACCUUCUUCGGUCACCAGAGAUAUACAAACAGGGGAAUUUUCAGCGCUCGACAAGGACAAGCCUCACUUACCGAGAUGUAAUCAAAGUAUCUAAGCUUGGGGCUAAGUUUUCCAUGUUUAAGGCACGUUAAACCUCCAUAUUAGUAGAUAUGUGGUAUCAUUCUCCAGCGACCAGCAAGCUUUUUGGAACCAAACUUCUCAGCAUACCAUUUUCUGGUGGAUUCAGCGGUGACGGCCAGAUUCGAUACCACAAAUGCGAGACCUGCGAGCACCGUUCCAUUCAAGAACUUUCCAUCAGGUGCGGCGGCAAUGGCAAUUGCAAGAUAUAUGAGACAUUCACAUGCAUAGUGUGGGGUGACCGUCGAUUUGAAGAACGGAUGUUGUGGAAGGCUGUACUUUUUCAGGCUGGCGAGAUGUUUGUGGCAGAUGUGCUGCACAAUAGAACCGUAAGCAAAGAGAGGGAUUGCAAUUGUUGUCCUGAUUGAGGGCCAGGAGAUCCUCAGUGAUUCAAAGGGCCUAGGUUGUUCCAAUGUUGCUGAAUGGAUUAGCUACCGAUGAAUAAUGAAGAGACUAGGACCUACGUAUCCCUUCAAUCCAGACCGCAAUACUAAUAAAGAAAUAAU